ACAUAAUACGACAGCUGAUAAUUUUGUGCUUUGUUUCCUAAAUUGUUUUCUGACUCACUUUUCAUUGAAUUUUUAAUUAAAAAUAUUGUCUAGAUAUUUAGGAGAAACUGUUAGAUUAUAUCAAAAAAAGCAAUCAAAUAACAAAGCAACAAGAAACAUUAUUUACUUAAAGAGGAGGUCUUGCGGUGCAGUGAAAGCGUAGAGAAAGGGUUGAGAAAGGUUGAUACCAAUCACUGCAUAUAUCGGGAUCGAUUUUAGCAGAAAAUGAUUUUUGGCAAAUAGGACUGGAAAACAUAAAAAAUAUCAAAAAUGCAGUAUUACAAAGAAAAACUUUCAGUAGCGGUAAUCCUGCUCACUUUUAUAGCAUUGGGCGGUUGCAGUGAUAUUACACCGCAAGUAUUUAGCGAUGUAAAGGAAGGUAUCGUAGCAGCCUUUGGCGAUUUCAAUUCGGAUGAGCUGACAGAUGUUUUUAUCAUAAGAGAUGAAAUGAGCAGGCUGGAGAUACUCUAUGGUGCCUAUACAGAGCCCCUUCUGCGACAUGGUCCUUUCUGUACAUUCGAUGACCAUGAAAUCACUAGUGUAGUACCAGGUGAUUUCGACGGUGAUGCUUUAAUGGAUGUGCUUGUUACACUUCGUCCUAAACGUAAUGCUGACGAAAAUAAAUAUAAUAUUCACGUCAAUUGGGGUGGUCCAGAUGGCAUAAACUGCUCUGAUGUUAAAACUCCACUCCUAAUCACCAAAGGCGAACCUUUGGCAUUAGAUUUUAAUCGUGAUAUGAUAAUCGAUCUAUUCGGACUUGAUGAAAAUGGACAACGUGCCUUUUGGAUUUUUCAAACUCUACGAAAAGCACCAGAAAAACGUAUUCAAGCUCCGCCUGGUGGCUCAGAAGCUUCUGUCGACACAAUACGUAUACCCAACGCAAACGCUUAUUUAGAUUUUAAUGGCGAUUUUACCGCCGAUCUAAUUGUACAAACUGACAAAAAUUAUGAAGUUUGGUAUGGUAGAACAGAGGGGAAAGAAGAUUUUAGUUAUAAUCAUAGCAUAGACUUGUCAGUCAUUGGUUCGCCUGAUUACACUAUAGGCCAAGCAGUAUACGCCGACUUUGAAUUGGAGGGUGUCGAGAAUAUAAUACUGCCAGUUUGCUUCCGUAAAGAUUGUUCCAAUUCAACUGUCCUGGUGUACGACGGUAAAAGUUUUCGCGACGUACAUGUAAAUUUCAAGGAUCCACAAGGUGUAUUAUGGGGAUUUGUUCAUCCAAUUGAAACGGAUGUUUAUUUAAAAACCAUCACAGCACGUAGCGGCGACUUUAAUAUGGAUGGUUAUCCCGAUUUAAUAUUAACGUUGCAAACGAUUAGCGGACCGAAACGUAUGCAAACUUUCCUUCUAGAGAAUGUGCCAUGUAAAAUGUGCAACAAACCGUUGAAGCGAACUUUCGAAGUGAAAUGGAAUGGUCUUAGUCCAAUGGGUAAUGAAACUGUCGCUGGAGCAUUUUACGAUUUCUAUCAAGAUGGUGUACUCGAUGUUAUACUAAUCGAAAAAACCAAACAGGGCAAAUAUCGCCCACUGGCAUUCCGCAAUACACUCGAUUAUGACGCAAAUUUUGUUAAAGUCAUUGUACUUACAGGUCUGAUCAAUAAUAAAAAUCCGACGCAAACGACACCUCUGGGAAGAAAGCGUCGCACCUAUGGUACAAAUUUACCCGGCCCACGCAUCACGUACUCGACAACCACACAGGAGGGCGAUCAACAACAAGGCUCAAGCGUGCAACUCCCACAGUCCGCUUAUUUUGCACUGCAAUUGCCUUACACCAUUUUCGGUUUGGGACGCACACCCAAUUUCGUGGACUCGCUUACCGUUGGUUUGGGUAGCAAAUCACGUACUUGGACACAAGUAAUACCGAAUUCGCAGAUAAUUGUUGUGCCAAAACCAGUGAGUGAACCACAGCACUGGAAGGCACAACUUUUCGUUACACCGAGUAAAUUAAUUUUGAUGAGUGUCGUGGCUUUGGGUGGUACGUGCUUGGUAAUUGUGCUCAUUAUACUCGUAUUGUAUAUCAAGGAAAAGCGCGAGGAUAAACAGGAAAAGCUACAAGAAGCUCAUCGUUUCCAUUUUGAUGCAAUGUAAAAUAAUUGCGGCUGAAAAUAUUGUAUAACGAAAAAUUUUUGAAAACUUUAGUUUUAGUUGCGAUAAUUAAUCUCUCACACUGUACUGUUGAUAUUUUGUUUGAAUUUUUUUUACAUCGUUUUUAAGUGUAUUGGCUAAAAUAUUUUAAAUUUGUAUCCAAAAAAUAUACCAGACAUGCGGAAUAUUAAUGCAAUAAAGUAAUAAAUAACACCAUAAAA